AUGCUGCGCCGGGCCGGGCGCCUGCGCGCGGCCGCGGCGGUCGCGCGCGCGCGCGCCGCGUCCACCACCGCCUCCCCCGACCGCGAUCGCCCCGGUCUGUACGGCCUCGUCGGCCUCCACGCCCCCGAGGACUUCGCGCGGCUGACGCGCGAGGCGACGACGACGUCCACCUCGCUCGUCGCGUCCAUCGCGAAAGAUUGGUCGCUCGGCCGCCUGACGCGCGACGGCGGCGGAAACGGCGGCGCCGCGCGCGUCGUGACCGACCUCGACGAGAUCUCCGACGUCGUCUGCGCGGUCGUCGACGUCGCGGAGGUGUGCCGGAACACGCACCCGGACGAGCGAUGGGUCCGCGCGGCCGAGCGCGCGUAUAUCGACUUGCAGCAGCACGUGGGGAAUCUGAACGCGGAUCGAUCGCUCUACGACGCGCUCCGAGCCGCGGACGACGGCGGCGCGUCGUCGUCGUCGUCGUCGUCGUCGUCGCUGCCGCCCGAGGCCGCGAGGGUCGCGUCGACGCUGCGGCACGACUUCGAGCGCGGCGGCGUGCACCUGGAGGGCGACGCGAGGGCGCGGCUCGAGGAUGCGAAUUCGCGCGUGAUUCGAUUCGGGAUGGCGUUUCAGGCGCGUUCUGCCCGUGCACUGGUCCCCAUACGACCGCGUUCGCGUGGUGCACGCCGUUCCUUAAGGACUUUCUCUCCCGGCGCAUACGUCCAAAGCGCGGACGCGAGACGCGUCGUCUACGCCGCCGCGCACCGCGGGCCAGAGGGGAACCGCGACGCGCUGCGGGGGCUGCUGGACGCGCGCGCGGAGGCGGCGUCGCUGUUAGGGUUCGAGUCGCACGCGCACUACGCGACGUCGCCGUUGCUCGCGGGGGAUCCGGACGCGGCGAGGGAGCUGAUGAGGCGCGUUCAUAUUUAUUUACGCCGGUUCCCGACCAUCUCGGACGGCGUCGACGACGUCGCGCGUCGCGAGCUGGAGCUCAUGCGGCGGACGCUCCGGGGGAAGUGGGGUGAUGGUGGAUUCGGCAGCGGCGGCGGCGGCGGUGGUCGUAGCGCCGGUUCGUAUUCCGACGGCGGCGGUUCGUAUUAUUCCGACCACGACGCCGUCCGCGGGUGGGACCGCGCGUACCUCAUCGCCGCCGCGAAGCGCGAAGCGUGCGGCGUCGACGCCAACGCCGUCGCGCAAUACUUCCCGAUCGAUAAAGUCCUCAAAGGCGUCGCCGCGCUGCUCUCGCGCGUGUUCAACGUCCACCUGCGCGAGGUGGAGAUGGAGCGCGGCGAGAGCUGGCACGAGGGCGUGCGGAAGCUGAGAGUCGCCGCGGGCGGCGGCGGCGCGGGCGAGGGCGAAGACGUCGGGACGAUCUACCUGGACCUAACGCCGAGACCGCGGAAGUUUCCGCACGCCGCGCACUUUGUGAUUCGGUGCGGCAAGGCGCUGAAGAACCAGAAGCCGUCCGUCGCGCUCGUGUGUUCGUUCGGCGGGGGGGGGGGGCAGGGCAUGGGGACGCGGUCCACCGCGUUGUUAUCGCACGGGGAAGUCGAAACGUUUCUUCACGAGCUCGGGCACGCGAUGCACAGCGUCCUGUCCAAGACGAAGUACCAGCACCUGAGCGGGACGCGGUGCGCGAUGGACGUCGUGGAGAUCCCGAGCCACGUGUUCGAGUACUUCGCGUGGGACGCGGACGCGCUGAAGGUCAUCUCCGAGCAUCGAAGCACGGGAGAGGCGCUGCCGGGGGAUUUUAUUCACCGGAUGCGAAGAGGCAAGGCGCUCUUCGCGGCGACCGACUUGCAGCAGCAGUGCGCGUACGCGCUGACGGACCUCGACGCGCACUCGACGUCGUGGGACGCGAAUAUGUCGGAUAGGAAUAAUAUGUCGGAUAUUGUCCGACAGGUCGCGAGCGGGUACGCCGCCGGCGUCGGACACGAACCGGACGCCGAUUGGGAGCUCCGGUUCGGACACACCGUGGGGUACGCGUCGACGUACUACUCGUACGUCUACGCGCGGUGCGUCGCCGCGACGGUGUGGGGGCGGUUCUUCGAGGGCGAUGCGUUGGCGCGCGGCGCGGGGGAGUCGCUCCGGGACGGGCUCCUGCGCCACGGCGGCGCGGUCGAGCCCGUGGAGAUGCUACGGUGCGUCGGUCGGUCGCGAGACGUGCUUACUUUUCCCGUCGUCCGUCGUCGCUCUGCUUCGACCGCGCUUCCCUUUCAACGUCGUCGUCGUUUCACCGGUGAGACGCGCGAUUGA